AAAGAUCUUCGGUUCUUAUUUUAAGUUAUUUAAAUUUUCCUCAAUUUAAUGUACUUAAGCUGAAUUAAGUGCAAUUUAAGUUUUUGUAUCAUCGAGACAUGGCUGUGAUUUUCACAAUCCCAUUUUCCUUUUGACACUUUGAAAUUGAAAUUUCGUUCAAAGAAAUGUUGAACGCGUCAAAACAACCACUAUUUAUUUAUGUAUUUUGGAUAUUUUUACAAUUCUACAAGCGUGAAUGCUGUAAUGCAGCAAAUUUUCUUACCAAAAUGGUAAGUAUUAUUUGUUGCAACUUCGGCGCCCGUUCAAAGAAAGUGAAAAGUUUAAUUGUGACAAAAAUUUUCAGGGUUUUCUAUUACUUCUUUAUUGUUGCACAAAUUUACCAGCCGCAAGCUUCUGAACCACAGAAUCAGGAGACAAUUGAAGGAGCUGCUAUGGAUACUGUCGACUGGCCUGGGUUACUUGCAGACCUACGCGACAGUUGGCAAUCGCCGAUUUCUUACUUACGAAAGCGUGGUUAUCUCCCGCCCGUCAAUGAUAAUCUGUUAGAAGAAAAACUAAAUGAACUUCGUGCAAUGAAAGUUAACGAGCCUAAGGAAAACUCCAAUUUGGAUUUAUUCAGCGAAAAGGGCAUUGAAAAUGUUGGCGCUGAAACUAGCGCUGCCUCGGCUUCCUCUGUAGGUAGCACGACCAAUGACAUCAAACCACCAAACGUUUUAAGCGCAACAAAAACUGAUAUUCUGAACCCUAUUGAGCACGCCAAUCUCAACAACGCUAUUGUGACAUACGCUAGUCAGCAACAAAAUGCACCGGAAUCCAUAGAUAAUCUGUUUAAAGAUUUAUCAAACGAUGUUCAACCGAAUUCAGAUGCGGAGCUGGACCAGGAAUUCGAUGAAGACUCAGAUGGCUUCAGGAAUAACAUAGCAAAUGCCUGCGCUAAAAAGCCAUCGACCGGCGGUUCCAAAUCCAAAUCAAAGCCAGCGCAUAAAUGUAAAGCCAAGUCCAAAUCGCACUCUCAGCCGAAGUCGAAGCCUGGUUUCUUUACAAGACUAAAGCAAAAGUUGUCGUCAAUGUUUACGAAGUCCAAAGCGGUAGACCCAAAGAAGCCACCCAACAAAAAACCAGCCCUUAGCGUUGAUUACGCCAAUUACGUUGUCAAGUAUUUAGCGCCACAUAGAGAUAUGACUACUGGCUCCAACACUUGGAGCGUAAACGACUUAAAUGGGGAAUAUGCUGGCAUAAAUAGUUAUGGAGAUUGGGAGAGGGGCGAAAAAGGAUUGUAUAGAAGAGACCACAGUGCGUUGAAGGGCAAUAAUUUAAGCGGAAAGGAAGCAUCUUUAAGGUCCAUUGAAUCCAAUGUACUUGAAGAUGUGGCAGCAGGAGCGAAGGAUGCACCUUUAAAAGUAUUUCCAUUCAACGAUUUUAAUUUUGGAAAUCUUAAUGUGAAAAAGCUGAUGACCAAAGAUAACUCCAGUCAGGUGGAUGACACCAAACUUGCCGAUUUGAAAAGCUUUAACUCUAAAGACGCAGAACUGAAUAAGAUUGUGCAUAGCUUGGCAGAGCAACAACCAACUGAAAAAGACACGAAUAGCAUAAAAAGUGAAAAGUCGGACUCGAAAGAUGAUUUCAAUUUAAAAGAGUUAAGUUUUAGCAAGAAUUCGGGAAGUGCGCUACAAGAUAAUAACAGCUUCAAGGACAAGCCUACAAAAGACUUCAGCUUAAAAGAACUGGCACCUAAGAUCGAUGAAACAUUUGUUGGCAAUACACCGAAAAAUACAGAGGCAGCUUCUAAUAAAGAAAUAAGUGCGAACGAUGAUUUGGGGGAUCUGACAAUGUCUAGUUUUAAUGUGAAAAAUCCGGAUGUCAGUGCGAAAGUUAAUAUGCAUAAGGGUUUGCACAUCAACGAUCUCGACUUCUCCAUACCUGAUUUGCCAGAGUGGGGCUGGAAAAGUCUGGCGCCUUCCCCUCCUUUAAAGGUUGCCUUAUCCAAAGAUACUGGUGCAAAAGAUUUUGGUAACUUGGGUAUGCCGAGCCUCAAGCUGAAGAUACUCGAGUCCAAUGCAGAGCAAGCAGCAGCAGCACCAGCGAGUGCCGAAGCUCAGGACGAAUCUGAUCAACCUCCAGUGCAUAGGUUUGAUACAGAAAGUAACAAUUUUGGCGUAAGUGCUGGGUAUUCAAGAGACCGCAACGUAAACGUGCGACAAGAUAUGCCCAAUAUGAGUGGGAAAAGUGCUAACGAAAACCCAAAUCAUGAGGCGGUUAAAGAAACGAACAUUAAACAUUUUGAAAUUGGCGAAUUAAAUACUAAAAUGGAUGACAACAAUCUGGAUUUAGAUCGACAGUUUACAAGGCAGGUGUUGGAAAAAGUUUUGCGUAGUUCAGCUCAAAACAGUGAGCGCGAUAAGCAAUUGAGGUGA